AAGUGGGUGUCCUGUGUGUGAGGGAGCAUGACACGGGCAUGCUCACGCCCUGCUGCAGGGAGGGCACCACUGUUCUGAAGGGCCAUUUGGCAAAAAGUAGGUUUCCAUAACCUUGAAAGUGUCUUCCUUGAGCCCCUAGGGGCUGGGAGAGGAGCCCCCUCAAGCUGGUGGGGGCAGGAGCCUGGUGCAUUUGAGGGCAGAAUGGAGAGAAGUCGAGUCGAGUGAGUGUAGACCUUUGCUACUCAGAGGGUGAUCCCUGGACUAGGAGCAUCAGCAUCACCUGGGAGCUUGUUGGAAAUGCAGAGUCUCGGGCCCCAGUACCCAGGCGUACUGAUUAGGAGUGUGCACUGUUAACCAGACCCCAGAGGGAUUCGCAUGCACAUUCCCAUUUGAGAAGCCUGGAGUGGAGUAGGAGGUGGGGGUGGGGAGAUAAUGGCUGCUGCACUGGUGAGGGCCUUGUGUUGAGGCCUUUUCUGGUGAGGGCAGUGGGGAGCCAUGGAAGGCUUUAUGCAGGGAGAAGACCAGGGCAGACUGGAUUGCAGAAGGAUCCCCACUGGCGGCCCUGUGUGAGGACCCAGGGAGAGGUGGAGGCUGUCCCUGUUGGGUUGAUGGGCCCUGUGUUACUGGGUGAACGAGUGCCCCCCGAGACGUUGGCGUCUACUCUGGCCGAGCUGGACAGGUGCCUGCAGUUGCUUGAGGACAAGUUCCUGAAGGACCAGGCCUUCCUCGCCGGGCCCCACAUCUCAGUGGCUGACUUGGUGGCCAUCACAGAGCUGAUGCAUCCCGUCAGCGCCGGCUGCCAAGUCUUUAAAAGCCGACCCAAGCUGGCCGCGUGGCGCCAGCGUGUGGAGGCCGCGGUGGGGGAGGACCUCUUCCAGGAGGCCCACGCAGUCCUCAUGAAGACCAAGGACCUGCCUCCACUGGACCGGGCCGUGAAGGAGAAGCUGAGGCCCUUGGCGCAGGUUUUGUUGCAAUGAGCGGGGGCCAGGCCUGCAGAGCCAGCGACAACGAGGGAGACUCUGUCGUCAGAAGAAAGAGAUGCCUCUCCUUGGCUGUGAGCAAGAGAUCCUGCAUAGUCUCUGGUCCGUGGUUCCCUCCAUGCAUCAGGCCUGCAUUCCUUCUUUUGUCUGUCUCCUCCCUUACCCCUUACACUCUGACUUCCAUGUGCCCUCUGGAGAGAGCUUUAAUAAACACAUAUUGACCCUG